AACCCUGUUAUUUGUCAACAUCCGCUGUUUCACAUGUCUCAUGCAAUCCUGACCGUUUUAAAUAGCUUUCUGGUUAGAGGUUGUCAAAGACGAUUCCCUCUGCUGGCCAGAAUGUCACACAUAUAUGUAAAAUGCAUCCCUGAGUCGGAACGUUUGGAAAUAAGCGUAGUUUAUGAUAAACGAACUUACAACAUGAACCGCCCAAAAGAAGAAGAAAUCGGAAAAUGUUUUGCUCGUCUGCAAUUGAAUAUAGUGAAAGUUAUGGAGAAAAGAAAAAAUAAAAAGAAGAAAAAGAGCAAAGAAGCGACACCCGUGGAAGAUUCAGAUUCGAAUAUCUCAAUAAGUAUGUUAAAGAAAGGCAAGACUUUAUUGGAUACAACGCCAAACAUUGAUGCCUGGACUGAAGACUGUGAACUUGUUAUCGGGGACACAAAACUUCAAAUGGAAAUAAAUUCACCAACAGUUAUAUCAUUAUCUCUACCAGCCAGUAUAAUGUCUGGAUUUCCAAUAUUUCCAAAAGCAGAAUUGGAAUUUGUAAAUGUUGAUCAGUGUAAAUUUGUUUGGUAUCGAGAACCAUUGCCUUCUGCUUCUGCCAAAGAGGCUGACAAUGUUCCAGUUGAAAUAUCCAGGGAAAGAUAUUAUUCGCCUACUCCAGCAGAUAUAGGACACCGUUUAAGUUUGAAACUAAUACCAAUAAAUGGAGAAAGAGUCGGAAAGGAAAUGUCAGUUACAUCCAAAUUUGAGAUUGAGGCUGGACCAGGAUUAUGUCCCUUUGAAAAUAGACACCUGUAUACACAAAAAGAAGCAGAAAAAGAAAGUUUGAGAAUUGUAAGUUAUAAUAUUUUAGCUGACGUGUAUGCUGAUUCAGAUUACAGUAGAACAGAAUUAUUUCCAUACUGUCCACCAUACGCAUUAAACUAUGAUUACAGAAAACAAUUAUUGUUAAAAGAAAUAACAGGUUAUAAUGGUGAUAUAAUUUGUUUACAAGAAUGUGAUAGAAAAUAUUUUGAGAGUGAUUUUAAACCAGCUUUAGAUCUUCUUGGUUUAAGUGGUUUACUGAAGGUCAAGGGAGGUCAAGUUCCAGAAGGAUCAGCUUUAUUUUACAGAAGAUCCAAAUUAAGGUUACUUGGACAACAUGAUAUUAUUCUAACAGAAGUUGUUGCUAAUGAUGAACGAUAUUCAGAUUUGUGGCAGAAAAUUUGUUCAUUAGGACCACUGAAAGAGAAAAUGGAAGCUCGAAGUACUGCGUUACAAUUAACUGUAUUUGAAUCACUGGAUGUAAAAGAUAAAAUACUCAUGGUGGCCAAUACACAUUUGUUUUUCCACCCAAAAGCAUCACAUAUUCGAUUGUUACAAAUCGCAAUAUGUUUGCGACAUAUUGAGUCUGUUAUGUCUCAAUAUACAUCGGAGGGUAAAACAGUAUCGUUUAUAUUUUGUGGUGAUUUUAACAGCGUUGCUGAAGAAGAAAUUAAUACUUUUAUGACAACUAAAUUUAUACCUUCUGAUUACUAUCUGUGGAAUUCCAGUGGCGAGGAAGAGAAAUUAAACGAUUUAGAACUACAUCAUAAUUUUAAUAUAAUAAGUGGAUGUGGCUACACAAAAUAUACAAACUAUACGGCUGGUUUUCAUGGCAUGUUAGAUUAUAUAUUUGUGGAUUCAGACAAUUUAACUGUGACUGAAGUUAUACCCAUGCCAGAACACGAAGAUGUUACUACCCAUAUAGCUCUACCUAGCAUAGUGGCACCAUCUGAUCAUAUAGCACAGAUAUGUCAAAUUAAAUGGAAAUGAUUUAUGAUUAUAUUAAAAAUGCUCUUUAGUU